AUGGCCGCACGAAUGGGACCCAGCAGCUUCGCCGUGGCGCUGCUUGUCGCCCUCCUCUGCUCGGAGGUGUCCGGCCAGGACUGCAGCGGGCAGUGCCAGUGCGGGGCGGGGCCGCCCCCCAUGUGCCCGGCUGGGGUGAGCCUGGUGCAGGACGGCUGCGGCUGCUGCAGGGUGUGCGCCAAGCAGCUGGGCGAGCUGUGCACCGAGCGGGACCCCUGCGACCACCACAAGGGGCUCUUCUGCGACUUCGGCUCGCCGGCCAACCGCAAGAUCGGCGUGUGCACCGCUCGGGACGGCGCCCCUUGUGUGUUCGGAGGGAUGGUGUACAGGAGCGGGGAGUCCUUCCAGAGCAGCUGCAAAUACCAGUGCACUUGCCUGGACGGGGCGGUGGGGUGCGUGCCCCUGUGCAGCAUGGAUGUCCGGCUGCCCAGCCCAGACUGCCCUUCCCCACGAAGAGUUAAGCUCCCUGGGAAGUGCUGCGAGGAAUGGGUGUGCGAUGAGCUCCGAGAACAGACGGCGGUUGGACCCGCUCUAGCUGCUUACAGACCAGAAGACACUUACGGACCUGACCAGGCAAUGAUGAUGCGUGCCAACUGCCUGGUCCAGACCACGGAAUGGAGUGCUUGCUCAAAGACCUGUGGAAUGGGCAUCUCCACCAGAGUCACCAAUGACAAUGCCUUCUGCAGACUGGAGAAGCAAAGCAGACUCUGCAUGGUCAGACCUUGUGAGGCAGACUUGGAGGAAAACAUCAAGAAAGGCAAAAAGUGUAUUCGCACCCCCAAAAUCUCCAAGCCCAUCAAGUUUGAGCUCUCUGGCUGUACCAGUGUGAAGACCUAUCGAGCUAAAUUCUGUGGGGUCUGCACUGAUGGACGUUGCUGCACCCCCCACAGAACAGCCACUCUUCCUGUGGAGUUCAAAUGCCCUGACGGUGAGGUCAUGAAGAGGAGAAUGAUGUUCAUCAAGACCUGUGCAUGCCACUACAACUGCCCUGGAGACAAUGACAUCUUUGAGUCUCUGUACUACAGAAAGAUGUAUGGAGACAUGGCAUAA